AUGGACCAGUUCUACAUAAAAGAUGGUGUUAUUGCAAAGGAUGUCACCCGUCAGAGUGGAAUUCAUGACCUGAUACCAGAUUCUGUCAUUAAUGCCACAAUGUUCCAGCCUUAUGGGUAUUCGAUGAAUGGCAUGAAAUCGGAUGGAACUUAUUGGACUAUUCAUAUCACUCCAGAACCAGAAUUUCCUUAUGUUAGCUUUGAAACGAACCUAAGUCAGACCUCCUAUGAUGACCUGAUCAGGAAAGCUGUGGAAGUCUUCAAGCCAGAAACAUGUGUAACCACCUUGUUUGCGAACCAAAGUUCUCAAUGUCGCACAGACCAAAGUUCUUCGCCCCAGAAAGCUGAAGGUUUUAAAAGUCUUGGUUGCCAGAGUGCUACGUUCAAUGAUUACAACUUUGUUUUUACCAGUUUUGCUAAGAUGCAGCAACAGCAGCAGAGUUGA